UCGCAUUUACCUAUAAACGACAUCUACUUAAAACGCUGAGUAAUAACUCGGUCCCGUGUGUCACCGUUAUUAUUUACUUGUUUAAGUAUUUUGCGAAAUAAAGAGAAAAUAAUGAUCUAGUCAUGUGGAAAAGGCGACUCAAAAACUAGUCACGACAACGUACCUGUAAUAAGUGGAGUACCCGUAUUCGUAAAGGCAGUUGUUGGCCAAACCAUGGAGGUGAUGAGUUCUACCCGUGUAGCAGUGUUUAUAUUUGUGACAAUAUGUCUGUUGACUGUGUACACUUCAGCUGACAUCGCAUACGUUCAAAUCUCCAAACAGAGUAUCACAGAAAGCAGAGGCUGUCGUCUUCCAAAAAGAAUCGGUGUGUCUGUACGUGUGGACAACGAAACUCUGUCUCUCGAACUCACCCGAAACGAUGACGUCGAUUCCAAUGCUCCACUAUUUUUGUUCAAGGAAGAUGGGAUAGAGAAGAAGAAAACAGUAGUUAAGGAACUGUUGAUUGAUAACCAGCGGGAAGCUCAGUUCCAGGACGAGGCCUGGGAAGCGGCGAUGACGAUAUCGUGUUAUGGCGAAGACAGAAAUGUUCAUCUGGAGCUGAUGGGGAUUCUGACAUUGCAUGGCAAAGAGUACAAAUUGGAACCAAAAUCACGUAAUCGUAGAGGGGUGUCACGUGAUCAGGAAGAAUAUACUUUUGAAAAGGAACCUGUCCAGCCUAUAGGUCACGACUAUAGAGAAGCCCCUUUAUAUGAAGAGACUGUUACGCCUAAUCUGAAAAAGAUUGAGAAGUACCCCAUAUUAUUGCGACUGAAGUCUGCAAGUCCCCUUCGACGAAAACGACAGACGCCGUCAGAGUACUUUGUGGAUGUGCUAACACUUAUUGACUACUCAAUUUACAAAAGAUAUUAUGAUCGUACGGAAUCAGCUCUUAGCGCAGGGACACGAAAACUCCUUGCCCUACAGAAUAUCAGAGAAUAUUUCGCCUACAUCAUGAACGGGGUAAAUCUUCGCUACAAACGAAUAACUGGACUCACCGCCCGACUGGUCGUUAGACUGAUUGGUUACGUUGUAGCCGAGACAUCUUCUAAAGCUCCGUGGACGGAGAACUAUCGAGUGAUGACGUCAUCAGGUGGCGAGGUGGAUGCCGACAACGUGCUCAAGUUCAUGACGAAAUGGGUGCCCGAGGCGACACUCCCCAGCAGCGACCACGUGAUGCUGUUUACAGGGUACGACAUGUACACCAUUGGGAGUAGACCAGAUGGAAGUGUGGCUAGAUCGACAGCAACAUCUGGUUUGGCUUAUAUUUCCACGAUGUGUCGGUCUGAUGGACGAAGUAUAUCUAUAGUGGAAGAUAACGGGGGGUUCCAGUGUAUCGACACAGCGGCCCAUGAACUGGGACACAGUCUGGGAUCCCGACACGAUGGCGAUGGGAACACGUGUAAGGCAGAAGACCGGUUCAUUAUGUCAGGAGGGACGUACAAGAAGACGAGCGCUAACCUAGGAAACCCCUGGCUCUUCUCGUCCUGCUCAGUGACGUACUUCAACAACUUCCUUACGGCGCUAAUGCAGACACGAUAUGGAAUUAACUGUAUGACUAAGAAGAUUUCAGCAGUGAACGUACCGACAGUCCGAGACCUGCCGGGACAGAUCUACAACCCUGACGCUCAGUGUCAAAACAUAUACGGCUCGAAAUCAAGAUUGUGUCAGGGUCCUAACUUUUUAAAUAGCACCAGCCUCAUAUGUGUUUCCAUGUACUGCCUCGACCCAAACACGCCCGGGACAUGUUACCAGUAUGAGGCGGCCAGAGGGACAACGUGUGGUAACAAAAAGUGGUGCAUAAAUGGCAAGUGUGUAUAUUCACCAGAUGCGCCUACUGCUGAUGACAAAUGUCCGUUCGGUGACCAGUCGGGCACAGCAUUUGAAGGAAAGACGUGUGAAGAUUUCGUAUCUGGUUCUGGUGCAUCUUACUGCUAUCAAGAGGUCGUUAGAGGGCGCUGCUGUAAAUCUUGUGGUCUUCAUUACACCGGGGCACCAGGUUGCUUAUACGGAGACAAAGUGCUUGGCUGCAGAAAAGAAUACUGCGACCACAUCUACACCGAUGGCAGACGAUACGACGCCAACUGCUGUGGAACGUGCGGACUGGCAACAACAACGCCUGGCGGACCAACAACACCAGUCACUACGGUAUUCACCCAGAGACCAACUACCACCGCUGUGACACAGGCACCAACACCAGGCACGUGUUCUGAUAUAGGAGGGGUUACUUUCAACGGCAAGUCGUGCGCAGACAUUGUUGCCCAGUCGCCGUCCAACUGUUAUUCCGAUAACGUCAAGUUGUACUGCUGUGGAACAUGUGCACGAGUCUCGACCGGGACGCCUGGUUGUGAUUAUGGGGAUAAAGCAUAUCCCUGCAUUGUUGCCAACUGUGGCUACCGCUACACGGAUGGGUCACUUUAUGACACCAACUGCUGUGCCACGUGCAACAACUCGACAACAACCACCGAGUCUACAUCAACUACAGGUGUGUCUACAACACCCUCUACUACAGUUGAAGCUACAACUACAACACCAGCUACAACAACAAUCACUAAAUCACCACACAUAUCUACUACAACCUCUAGAACUACGACCACAACCACCCCGCAACCAAGCACGUCAACACCACCGUGUGUUGACAGAACAGUGUUUCAACCGUGCAGUGUUUCGUUUUGUGGCUACAGAUUCAGUGAUGGCACAGUCUAUGAUACGUACUGCUGUGCCACGUGUACAUCUAAAACAGCAUCAUCUACCACAACAACGACAUCCACCACAACAACACCUCCAACCACCACCACUACAAUACCAACCACCACUACAACGCCAAUCACUACUACCACACCAACCACUACAACAUCAGUAACCAUCACAUCAAUACCAACCACCACUACAACAUCAACUACCACUACUACAACGCUACCAACCACCACUACAACGCCAAUCACUACUACUACUACUUCAACAACACCAACCACCACCAUUACGACAACAACACCAACCACCACUACUACUACAACAACACCACCAACCACCACCACCACCACUACUACUACUACUACUACAAAACCAAUCACUACAACAACAACGACCACCAACAUCCCUACCUCCACCACUACGUUUAGAUCAAAGCCAUUUUCAUCUUCAACUAUAGAACUCAGAACAACUACAAAACCCUCCACCACCACCACCACCAUAACUACUACAACAGAGAACACACGAGAAACCAGCAAAACAGCAGCAACAACAACAACCACAAAGACACCAUGUUUCGAUACUGGCAGUUUCAGUGGUGUAGACUGUUCCCAGUUUGUUGAUAAAGAAGGCAAAGCCUCGUGUUACAACAGAACUGUGAAAGACGCAUGCUGUGCCACGUGUGCAAGUGUUGCAUUGUCGGUCAAAGGUUGUGAAUAUGGUGACCGAAAUCCAAGUCUAUGCUCCGCUGCCAUUGUCCGUGGCAACGGUUGUCAAGGAUUGACAACAAUCUGUUGCAGUUCCUGUAAGAAGACGUCUGGCACUUCCGGUCUACAAGCCAGUCAGUUUAUAGUAUUUAUAGUGCUACUAAUGUCUGUAUUUCAUAUAGCUAAAUGAGUUUGUUAUUUUUACUGGAAUAGUACAACCUAUUUGUAACAUUAAAUGUGUAGUGUUUGUGAUACACGUCAAUGGUUUGUGAUAUCCUGUAAUACACAAUUAUCAACUGUGCUUAAGAAAGGUUUGUUUUUGGAACCGUGUGUAUAAGUUAUCUGUGAUAUCCAGAAGAUUUGUGUGUGUGUUUUUAAGGUGAAUAAUGAUCUAAUGAUGUUGAAACCAUUGGCAGAAAAGGUAAAAAUAGAACCUCCAUUUUCUAUUAAAGAAAUUAAUUUGAUAGGUUCAAACUAAUGAAACGUUUAUGAAAUAAUAUGGGAUGGAAUAUUUUGGAUAUUAAUCCUGAGGUGUUAUUAUAAACCAAAAGCGACAGUCAAAAAUAGACCCUAACACCAUAUCCUGCCAUCUAGACUAUUAACAAAACCGAGAAAAUGCUAACCAAGAUUUUAAUGUUGUACCACAUAAAUCUUUAUAUAUAUAUAUAAUACAUUUUUCGAGUGAUCAAUAAUAAGAUGUAUAAUAUACAGUGUCAUAAUGUAUGGUUAGUGUAUUACUUGAUUCAUAUUAUGCAAUACAUUUUUCGAGUACUAGUAAUUCAUAAUAAGAUGUAUAAUAUACAAUUUCAUAAUUCAAUGAUUAUUGUAUUACUUGAUUCAUAAUAAGCAAUAUCGACGGUGAAUAAAUCUAUGCGUCUAAAUCUAAGCCAGACUUCGUGAGUUGCAGAUAUGAGAACAUGGUGUUCACUAGCAAUAUAAAAGACGCCUACCGUUUCUCUGUAAUACGCACAUCUUUCGUGCUAAAACUUAGAAAUACUCUGAUGAUUCUCAGUUGGUGCUAUAUGAAACUAUUUGCAAUAUAAAAUUGUUUCGUGUAUGCUCACAGUGAAACGAUUUAGAAACGUACUGACUUUGUUUUACCUACUGGAACGAUAAGACAGAAGAGAAGGUAUCGUUUUCGAUUGUUUUACAAUUUUUUUGUAAACACAAAUGUUGUCACCCAAGCGUCUUCCUUCGUAGUUCCAAAACACUAAACGAAAAUGCAUUUAAAUACAUUUGUUUUUUAAAUGGCGGGGUUCUUUUUAUGCUGCCAUUUUCACGAAUUUUUAGAACUACUAUGGUUCGUAUAUGACAAAACUGUGAUUAAGAUAUAGUUCGAAGAAACAUGAUACGCAUGGUCGUAUCGUUCUCAGAGUUUUCCAUAUAAUUUAAUUUCGUCCUAGGAUACUAGGAAUCGAACAGUGGUCCUAACAUAAACACAAUAUUUUGUGUUUCCGGUGUUUUGAUCAUACGCUGGGACAAGAGUCCCACUAAUGAUUUGCACUAAACGAAAAUGUGUGCCUAAAAUUAUGCUCAAAAUAUUAGAUGUAAAUAUUUUAUAUUUUUUAUAUAUAUUUUGUUUUGUUCUCCGUUAUAUUGGUUGUAUUGUUAAACACAGCAUUUAACGCCAGCUGAGAAAUGUAUUUUUCAUAUAUGUAUACAUAGACCUGAGUAAUCUGCAUUUGCCUUCGGCGGAGACAAUCACAGUAUGAUAGUAUUGGGGGAUCAAGAACGAGGAAUUGUUGUAACGUGACCCUAUAUCCGCUCAAUGUUCAAACACGUCUAGUCCAGGUGCGAAUUUUGACUAGUGAUGGGUAUUGCCAACAUUUUUGUAUUGGAUAUAUUGCUAUUCCGGAAUCUGAUUUGCGAUACGUACCAAGAUACUAGUAUAUAUUGCGAAGACUUAAUUCUCAAUUAUUAUAAUUUAUAAAGUGCUCUAAUUUCAUGUACAUUUUGUAUAGCUUAAUAAACUGACACACCAGCCAAUCAAGAUUCGUGCUGAACAAGUGAAGCUAUUGUUUCCUUUUUAAAACUGGUAGUUUUUGUUCGGAUAUAUAAUAUGUGCGACUAACACACGCACACAAUAUAUAAGCCCAAUACACCGGCACGCUAGGAAAAUGUCGCUAUAUGUAUUGUUCUAAUUUAAUAUGGCUGUAUACCUCUAUACCGGUUAUACCGCGCAUCUCUAGAUUUGACAUCGUUAGAUAUCACACCUAGGUUAUAAUAUACUCAACCCAAUUUAGUAAGGACCAGUAGAUAUUUUAGCGUUUUGUGCUUUAUAUAUGAUACAAAAUACAUGUUGAUUUUGGUUUUAUAAAACAUACAUAACUUGCAUUUUUACAUGUAUCACUUAUAAUUUACUUAAACAGUGUUCAGAAAUCACCUGUGAUCAAAACAUAAAAUAACUCCCAACCCCCCCCCCCCCCCAAAAAAAAAAACCCCGUCUAAUGGCCUUUACUUAAUUUUGUUGUGUAUAGUAUGCACUUAGAUAUUUAUAUAGGCUACAAUAAGUUGAUUGUCAGAUUCUCUUAUCCACCCACAACGUAUGUUUUUUCUUCUUUUUUAUUGCCCUUCUUCUUCUGCGUUCAAGCUAUAGUUGAUCACGCUUUAGCUUUGGAGUCCGGUUGUGGUGAUAAAAAACGCUGCCUCCGUCAAGUCUUCUUUGGAACCAUAAAGCUUGACAGCCAGUGUUGCUCUUUUUAUUAUUAUUAUCCAUGUGGCCAUAUUCAUUAAAGUCUUGCAAUUAUGCUACAUUGUAUCAUACCAUACAACACAAGAUGAGUUGCAAGAACUACGCCAGAUUGCAAUAUCAUAUUUUGUAACGCUGUCACAUUAUUUCGUUAUGUGUACAAUACCUGGCAUCAGGCUGAUUAGUUUGUUAUGUGUACAAUACCUGGCAUCAGGCUGAUUAGUUUGUUAUGUGUACAAUACCUGGCAUCAGGCUGAUUAGUUUGUUAUGUGUACAAUACCUGGCAUCAGGCUGAUUAGUUUGGUCUCACGUGUGAUCCCUUUCAGUGCUUUGUCCACCCUGAUAUUAACGUGACUAAAAAUAGUGGAUAGUAAACGAGUUUAUUAUCAAAUUUAUAUCCCGAGUUAAAUUUCUUUUUUCGAUAUCUAUAGAUCUACAUGUAGGACUAUAUAGAAACGAUGUACACAAAUUUAAACACAAUUCUGAGUAUUGCAUUAACUUUGUAUUGUAUUCACAAUUACUAGUCAGUUUAAAAACCAAAGUUUAGGUUGUUUGAAAAAUCUGCAGUGAAUUGCAUUAAAAUAACAUUUAUUACAAAUUCAACAGCAAAAACGGAUAGACGUAUAUGUAGACUCUUUAAUCGAAGUCAUCGUCUAUAAUUGCCAAAUCGUGAUGACGUCUUAUUUGAUACCCACAGAGUCAUUGGUAUAAAAGCGCUGACUCGUCAAUUAAUAGUGCACGUCAUACCAAUGCAGUGAGAGAUUAUGAGUUUUACUUUCUAGGUUAUGAGUACACUAUGGCGGUAAUAAGAAACGGCAAUUACCCAAACAGGUUUUUUGUUUCUUUCUUUAAUGGUUGUUAUGAUUGAUAACAGUCGUACACCCCUGAGGGGCCGAACUGUGCUACUUUCGAAACUUCAAUCACUGAUUAUAAUUAUAAUGGGACCUUUGAGUAUGUUUUCCUUUGAUCCAAAUUUUGGAUUUUUUGUUGGUACAGUCAGCAUAUUAAAAUAUACCUCCUCCCCCUACACAUAUUAGUUUAAAAAUUAAGAUGGACAGGAAUCUGAUAAUUAAUUUGCCAUACGUGCUUUAAUCCUCUGCAGGACAGAGUUUAAUACAUUAAAGGUGUUUGUACAUACAUGUAUAAUAUACACAGCAUGUUUUAUUACAAUAAUGUACAUUCUAUGCAAUAAAUAUAUGUUUGCUAUAAUAUGAUUAUUACUGAGCUGGUCUCAGUUAAAUUGUUACGAAACUAAUGUAAAGUAUUGAAUGACAUAUAUCAUUGACUCUACGUGUGUCAAUGUUGAAUAAACGAUUUGACAAGA